AGGAUGGCGGCCGCGCUGCUGACACUGUUCCUGGCGGCUGCGGCCGCUGCCUACCUGAGCCCGCCCUAUCGGCCGCUGGUGACCACUCUGGAGGGGACGGUGAGCGGUGCGACCGACAGGAGCGCCGACGGAAGUCUCUUCUUCAGCUUCAAGGGAAUACGGUAUGCACAGCCGCCCGUGGGCCCUCUGCGCUUCGAGCCGCCACUUCGCCACCCAGGCUGGCGGGGCAUCGUCGACGCUCUGGAGCACGGAAACAACUGUGCCCAGUUUCAGGCGUUCAACAACAACACCCGCCUUGGUGUCGAGGACUGCCUGUUCGUGAAUGUUUACACCCGCCAGCUGCCGGGACGGGAGAACACACUGACCGGGCUUCCGGUGAUGGUCUCUAUUCACGGAGGCGGAUUCUUCUUCGGCUCUGGCGACAGUGACAUUUAUGGUCCGCACUACUUCAUGGACGAGCCGGUGGUCCUGGUGACGUUCAACUACAGGCUCGGACCGUUCGGAUUCUUCACAACACAUGACGCGGCAGCUCCUGGCAACUACGGCAUGCUGGACCAGGUGCUGCUGCUGCAGUGGGUGCAGGACAACAUCGCCGCGUUCGGUGGCGAUCCCAAACUGGUCACCAUAUUCGGCCAGUCAGCAGGCGGGUCGAGUGUCUCGCUCCUGGUGCUCAGUCCCCUUGGAAAGGGAUUGUUUCAACACGCCAUCAGUCAGUCUGGUGUAUCGUUUUCCACAUUUGCCGCCAGUGGCAAGCGAAGAGGACUGGCCGUCAAGUUGGCCACGCAGUUGGGAUGUCUUCAAUCCAGGAGUGACGCACUGGUGGACUGUGUCAAACGGACUCCAACUCAGGUUCUUCAGGACGCAUGGGAAGCCAUCGGAGAAAAUGACAACAUCGGCUUUCGCCCCCGUACCGAUAGAGAGAGGAACCUCCCAUUCUUACCUGAUGAUGCCAGGGUGCUGUUGGCCACAGGUAACUUCAACUUAGUUCCUUGGAUUUCCGGCAUGACUAGUCUGGAGGGCGCUUUGUUUCUUCCACGCCGUCUCCCGACCGAAGAUUUCGUUAAUGAAAUCAUUGACAAAAAUCUGGGCGUUUGGAGUAGCUUUCUCGAAUUGAUCGGCGAGUCCCGAUUCAGGAUCCUAGAUUGUGGAGCUGAUCCAAUCGAGGAAACAAUCAAGGUCAUUAACUUCUUUGUCGGAAGCGGCAGAGUUACGAUAAAGGCCCUUGCUGAUAUCCUAUCCGAUCGACUCUUCGUAAACGAGAUAUCAGAAGAGAUUCGCCUGGCCUCGGCGCAUGCUCCUGUGUACAAGUACGUGCUGGACCACAUGGGUCCCGGACGGCUGACGCUUGGCGACAACCCUCCGAAGCCUGACAACCUGCCGUACCCAGUCACAGAGCUGGGCGUCAGCCAUGGUGCGGAUACUCUCUACCUGUUCACUAGAGCCAACCGGGACCGAGAGCAGCCCGGCACUCCGGCCUACUUCAUGGUCCGCUUUAUGGUCAACCUGUGGACCAACUUUGCGCGCACGGGUCGGCCCAGCUCCGAUGUGCUGCCAACGCCAGACUGGCCCAUCUUCAACGAAAAGUAUCAGCGCCACAUAAGACUCAACUCGCAGCCGGCGCUGGGGGAGAGAUUGUUUGAAGAACGGGUGAACUUCUGGCAGACGGUGCGCAUCAACGAGCAAUGGAGACACCUACUAGACAGGAGCCCGUGCUCCUGAGACCCGAGUCUUGGCCGUGGUCGGUUCAACACGAUGGAUGCGAGAGAGGAAUGCAACAGGAGGACAACUAUGUACUAUCCGGCAACCUUCACCUUGAGUAGCUACAGUAGCGGCGGAACACCUUCAAUUAAGGGGGGGGGGCACUGCCGACUUUUGGUUCCAUUCUUUCCAUGCAACACCCAUAAGGCUAAUGUUAAAAUGCAUAAAUCAAAGGGGGGCACGGUGCCCCGGUGCCCUCCCCGUUCCGCCGCCUAUGAGUAGCUAUGCUGUUUUUAUUGUACAGAUGAGAAGUAAGAUAUGGCAUCUUCGAGUUCUUCCUAACUAACUGUAUGACCAAUACACAACGUCAUG